AAAAUAGAAAAGUGAUGCCAAUUCUGAUAUGAUAUCUGCCGAUUCUGAUAAGAAGAAAUAGCAGGAGUAUCAUGUCCCUAAAAUUUAACCCGACUUUAAAAACCAUAAGGUUUUUAAUAUCGGAACUGAGGAAAGUAAGCACUGCAAAGAAGCUAAGAGAGCACAAUUUGGUCACCUACUUAUUUAGCCAAGCAAGGCGAUUCCAAGUCACCGAGUUGCAAGAAUGUAGAGCGAAGGAUGAAAUGAAAUUUUUACUAGAUUCUUAUGCCAAUUAUCUACACAGCCAGAGAAAAUACGGCGAGCUUCUUAAGAUCUACGGCCAAAACGGAGAACGUACUGUUACAGACACUGCCAGUAUGUUGGGAUUUAAACUUCCCCAGGACCCAAAAUGAGUUUAGUGUUGUUUCUGGUUAAUUUUUUAAUACAUUUAGUCAUUUGUAAUUAUGAAAAUUUUUGUGAAAAAAAUUAUUUCAAAGUCAACGGCAUGUCUGAUUGUCAUCCACUAUUAACAUGUGCUGAUUUACCUCAAAUUACUUUAAACAAAACUAUUGGUUAUGGAGCUGUUAAACAUGUUUUUCUCGCUAAUUGGGGCAAUGUUCAAUUGGCUUAUUCUAUAUUAAAAAACAAAACAUACUCUCAAGAUUUUAAUGAAGGAUUGAAAAUGCUAAAAAUGUUAAACCCCAGUAAAUUCCUUGUACAGCUUGUGGGGUACUGCGAGCGGGAAAAUAUAAUUUUAACAGAAUACCAUCCUUACAAUAACGCCAACAAUAUCCUUUAUUUAUUGGAAAACAGAACUGAUAGAACACGUUUAGGGUUACAGUUGUGUUUAAACUAUGCACAAAUACUAAAUUAUUUACACAAUAGCCCAGUGGGAAUCAGAGUGAAUUGCGAUUCAAACGGAAUGAAAAAGCUCUUAAGUCAAUUUCUAAUCAAGUCCGAUAUUUCAUUGAUUCUCAACGACUUGGAUGCAUUGCCAGAAAUCACCAAUAAAUCGGUGAACUGCGGUCAUGAAAUAUUGUCUGACCAAAAUACCAAUUCAAGGCGUAAAUCGAAAAGUUUAUUUGAGUACACCGAUAAAUCAGACGUGUAUAAGUUUCCAAAUGUUUGCGAAUAUUUUUUCAAAGGAAGUAUUGAAUUUAAUAGUUUACAGUAUUCGUUUUAUAGCAUUCAUAAGAAAUGUAAAAAUCAAGAUGCAAGCAAAAGGCCAACUUCUUCAGACCUAAUGGCACAUUUCAAAAGUUUGUUAUAAACUUGUUAGUAAGCAAAAUAUAUUGUUUGUUAAUUAUU